AUGAAUGUGCUUGAAUCUAAAAGAAACAGAGAAAAACUCCUAAUCCAGAAAUUAGAAAAUGUCCAAGGAAAUCUUGUAUAUGAAAGAAACGAGAUCACGACAGUAAUGCAGGUUUUCUACCAAGACUUAUAUAAUCAAACUAUACAACUACCAGUAGCCGACAUAAGAAAUCACGCACAACCCGUCAUAAAUGCUGGAUCCGAAGAAAUACCUGAAAUGAGUGAGUUAAGAACUGCAAUAGGACAGCUGAAGAACGGAAAAGCUCUAGGGGAGGAUGGAAUUACGAGCGAGAUGCCUAAAAUCAGAGGGAAAACAUUGGAAAAGACCACCCUCAUUGCUAAGACUACUGCUGAUCACAUACAGAGUAUACGAACCUUGAUCAAGAAGUGUACAGAAUACAACAUUCCUUUGCAUCUGGCUUUUGUCGAUUAUCACAAGGCAUUUGAUUUUGUUGAGACAUGGGCCACAAUGCAAGAAAAGAUCGACGAUGAACUGACCACUGAGAAAAUUUUAAUAAAUAGAGCAGCCAGAGAGGGUGACACGAUCUGCCCUGAGCUAUUUACACUGACCCUAGAGGACAUAUUUAAAAUGUUACCAUGGCAGGACAAGGGUAUCUCAAUUGACAGAAAACACUUGAUCCAUCUGAGAUGCAGACGAUAUCCAGUAGGACUGACAAUGAAUAUCCGGAAAACUAAAAUAAUGAGCACAGACAAUGUCGACGUAACUAUUGAAAAUCAGACUCUCGAAGUGAUGAACGAAUAUAAUUAUCUCGGCCAUAUCAUUAAGGUCGUCAGAGACAAUCAAACUUCCGAAAUAAAUCACCGAUCUCUGGAGGCCACGAGACUCAAAAAGAAACAUUGGGAGACCGGUCCCGGUGAAAGGUGUGGAGGUUCUCUUAGCGUCCUGGGUGUCUGUGGCGAAGGCAUGAUGUGCAAAUCUGAUGAGAAAUGUCACGGCUGCUCGAUGCAAACCAUGGAAUGUUUCAACUAAAAUUAGUAUUAUCCAUCAUCAGAGUGUGGCGUUACUGCUUUAAACAUUUUUUUUUUUUGCUUAACUUCAAAGCUGUGAUCCUGAACUUCUUCCCAUUCUCACAAAAAAAAAAAAAAAAUAUGCAGUCUCUACGAUUUUAACUAAGUGAUAAAACUGGAUGGCGUGUGACAAAAGACUUCCUGUAAUGAAAAAUGUAUUAUAGUCUAUAUAUUUUAGCCAAUUUGUUUCGGUUAAAAUUUUAUGUGAAAGAUAUUUUUUUUAAUAUCACCCGGGUUUUUAUUUGUGAUCCUAGUUUAUUAAGUUUAUAUUUUGAAUGUAAGUAUAUUUUGUUUAAGAUGAACUGCCCAUAUGAAUAAUUAUUUAUAUGCUAUAACAAAGCCAAAACAACUUAUUAUUAUAUUUAAAAGUAUAAGAAUUGAUGCCAUUCUGUAUUCUGUAUUUAUUUUAACAUUUAACGAAAUAUUUUCUCAAAUAUAGAUCUCAAUGAUUUGUGCCAUUGAAAAUACAAAUUAGUUACAAUGAAAUACUUUUAGGUCAUUAAUAUUUGCUAGAGGCUGUCAAAAAAUUAUUGACUAAAGUACCUAAAUUUUUUGUAUUACCUAUUGUUUUUUAAAAUUUUUGACUUCAAAAUAAUUUAUUUCUCUAGAUUAUAUAUUUAUGUGGUUGGACUAGGGGCUAAAAUCAUAGUACAAAAUUAAUUGAGGUAGUGUGUAGUGUUUAUGUGAUUAUAUUAAUUAUGUAGAAUUAGGAUUUAGGGCACAUUUUAUUAUGUUUAAAAACAGUUACGCUGCCGAACUCAAAAAACAUAUAAAAUAUAAGUGAAGAUACCUAUAUAAUUGUGAUUACUAUAAUGUUGACCUUUUUUUAAGACAGAAGUUUUAGCAAACAAUAUAUUUAUUGGUAAUUGAUGUUCAUAUAUGUAUAAUUAUCUACAUCAAUUCUAUUACAAGCAGCAAAU